CCUUACGUACGAUACGCACGGUGUCAACUGUCAACUGUCAUCUUGUCAACAAUCAUCAACAAAAAACCACGAAAGUGAAGAUCAGUUUUUCGACGCACAUCAAUCCAGCAUCGAUCUGUCCCCAAACAAACUUGGCGCAAUCAAAACAAAUAGCGAGUCUUUGGAACCGGUGUGGAUGGCGGAUUGAAAGGUCAGCACAGAACGGAAAAUUCCUCUCUCCGACCAGAAAAGUCUGCAAGCUAGGUCUGCUGCGAACGGCGAGUCUCUGCAUUGGAAUGGCAGGAGAACCAAACCCAUUCCCAGCAACAGAGGAUCGAACACGAGCGACAACACCCACGGCAGCCGGUUUCACUGGAAACCCACGGCGUGGCCGGAAUCCUCUCCGGGAACGACCGCGCGCAAGCAUCUCGAAUCCCRUCGCUCCCCGGGGGCAUCCGGCUGGGGCAGCGGCGGUGCUGUGGCUUGCAGCGAUCCUCUUUUGGUCCGCCGGCUCGCUCGAGGUCRUCGCAUUCGGUACCGGCACGCCGCUCGGGACGAGGAAUUCCGGGGUGCUCGCCGGGAUCUUUCGGGAGGGCGGCACCRCAAUCGGCCGCACCGGUCUCCAAGGAAGAAUCCUUCGGGAAGCCCCUGGGGCUCGAAGGGCACCUUUGUCUCUCGCAAUGGCGACCGACGACAGCGGAACUGGCCACAGCGGAACCCACGACGACGACGACAACGACAACGACGACGCGCCCGUGAUCCUGCUGGUAGGUUCGUGCGGYCUGGAUCGGUUGCUGACGGUGGCAAGCUACCCCUCGGCCGAUGCCAAAGUUCGCACGAUUGCCUACAACGAAGAAGGGGGAGGAAACUCGGCAAACACGGCUUCCGGUAAGUUCCCGUAGAACGGCCCCAAUCGCAGCAAGCGCCAUGRUUUGUACGGCACACUUCCUUCGUUUGGUUUCACAGUGCGAGAUGGACACUUUUCUCAGAUCGAAUUGUGUGCAUUCUGUUGUCGUGUCUCGAUUCGUUUCGUUUCGAUCGUUCCGUCCUCCCUGGGCCACCUCUCGCUCGUUCAGCCAUUGGAAAACUUGUCGCGAGCAAACUUUUUUGUUCGGCGGGGCAGCAAAUGCGCGUAGAAUUCUUGAGCAAGGUGGGAGACGAUGCGGUCGGGCAGCAGCUCGCGGACGAGCUCAACKCAUCAAACGUGGGGACCUCCACGGAUCUCUUCCGCCGGGGCGRAAAAGGGAGCACGACGGCAUUCACUACGGUCGUGGUCAGCGAGAGCGAACAAACGAGGACGUGCAUCCACACGCUGGGGACGUGCGGAGAACUCUCCAUGGCUGACGACGUCGAGUCGCUCUCCCCGGACGACGUGGAUCGAAUCUUUCGAAACGUGGUCCACCUGCACUCGGAUUCUAGGCACACCAACGUCUCGCUCUGGAUGGCCAGGGAGGCCAAGCGCCGCGGGGGCAUCACGGUGUCGUGCGAUUGCGAAAAGGAUCGAAAMACAAAGGCGCUCGACGAACUCAUCGAAGUGUGCGACGUUUUAUUUACAAAUUCGAAUCACCUCGGAGAGUACCUGCAGCGAUUGACCCUGGAACGWGAAGCYGCCACCGGCCGCCAGCCCCUGUCCGAGCCAASAAUUGCCAUUCGUACGGAGGAAGCCAAGGGAACCGAUUUCUCGUCACCGGAGCUACCAGAAACCCGCAAGCUGAUAGAAACGUGCGUUGGGUCUCUCGCACCGAGCUCGUAUUUUGCCAGAUGGCAACAACCUCAGAAUGCGAUCGSAAAAGAAGUCGUCGUCACCCAUGGUGCGAUGGGAGCCCUCCACUACAAAUUGAUCGAGCUGUCAAGUAACACGAGUAACGGCAGUGACAACAAACCGCACAAUACGAUCGAGAUCGAAAUGGCCGGAACGAAGAUUCUUCGCAUCCGCCAUUCCUUCGAUGACGGCAGAGAGGGCGCAACGGCAUUGUACGAAACGCACCAAGUGGGKGUUUUGAAWGAUCCCAAAAUCGUGGACACGACCGGUGCCGGCGACGCAUUCAUUGGGGGCUACAUCCUGGCGUCGAAGGCUCUUGGGGUGGACCGCGAGGAUACGAAUGGCGUCGGAGUYCAAAUCGCCCUUGAAAUCGGUUCGUUUGUCGGCGGUCGCAAGCUCGGGGGUCCCGGGGCAAGGAGUGCGUUGCCAACCGAGGCUGACAUCGAUCGGUUGGGGUCGAGCGCAGCCGAAGCAAAAGCUUCUCUUCGAAACAUACUCGGGUCGUUCAACAAURUCCACCAAUAGAUACGAGACGCACACUAUGUUCGUCCAAACCGAAUACUGGAGUAUACCCAGAAACUAUCGCUGUCGCUUACAAACAUAGGUUAAUUUUAGAAAUUGAAUUACGAACUCUUAAUUGCGGCUAUCUUUUUUCAUGCUUUCGUUCUGAGGUAGAAUUUUUGGCUUUCUGAUAUUUCUUGAUGAAUACCUAUUGAACAAAUAGAUUGACUUCAAGGAU